UCUACUUCCUGGAUAUGAAAAACAGUUUAGUGUGGCUUUCUCUCCUGUUGAAUUUCUCCCAGAAGAUCUAUGUCAAAGAGAAAAUCAUGGUUUGCUUUACAGUAGGCUGGCUGUUAUCACAUGUUGCUUACAUAGGCUACUUGACUUACCGGGGUGACAGUCCCACCUGUGUUUGACAGGAUGCACUCUGAACCUGGACAGGCAACAGGGCAGCUCGAAUCAGAAGCUGGAUCCAACAACAACCACAAUCAAUGAGAUGAACCUCUCAGAAUGGUUUUGAGGUUUCUUACUGUAUUUCCAGCAGCAGUUCAAAUGUGGCUGAUUGCUGUUUCCAUCCCACUGCUUCCUGCCAUCAUCAUGGUAUCCAGCCGUUAUCGUGUCAAAGUCUUCAAGCUGUACCAUCAAGCUGUGGCCUGGGUGCUGAGGAUGAUGCGAGGGAGAGUGUGUGUUAAGAGCACCCAUGCCUUUGUGUUCUCUGAGUGCACCCAUGGCAAAGUUGACAGUGUCCUGGAGACCUUUGACCUCUAUGCUGAGACACACCCCUCUUUAUGCAUUGGUCCAGAGAUUGGUGAGGCGUUGGAUGAAGUGGUGAGGCGUGUCCGUCCCUCUAGGGUGUUGGAGCUGGGGAUGCACUGUGGCUACAGCUCAGUCCGCCUGCUGCGUCUGCUGCCCCCUGCUGGCAGACUGAUCACAGUGGAGCUGGACCCACUCACAGCAGAUUUGGGAGAAGAAAUCAUCCUGGUGGCUGGCUUCAAACACUCUCAGUUCCAGGUGUUGACAUCUAGCUCAGCUGAGGCCAUCCCAACCCUGCGAUCAUUACUUGAGCCUGAUCAAAGGACCAGUGAAGGCUUCAACCUGGUGCUAAUGGACCAUGAUCCCCAGCAGUACCUUCCAGACCUGCUGACUCUGGAGAAGGAAGCGCUCCUCUGCUCCUCCGGCUGCUCCGUCAUUCUGAUCAACAAAAGAAGAAGAGCUGAGGAUCUCAGAGAAAUCCUGGAUCACAUCAAAGCGAGAGCAGACUUCUGCUGCAUCAAGACAGAGCUUCAGUUCAUGGUGGAAAUCCUCUACCAAAGGGAAGAUACUAAGGCAGUGAAAGAACAAAGCCUUCCUCCUGUGCGUCUGGUUCAUCAACUGGAGUGGGCAGAGCGAAAGGAGAGAGGAGACUCCUGAUGGCCUCUCCAGAGACCAAGGGACUUCUAUAUUUGGUACACUGCGAUAGCCUGCUCCCCCCACCCCCACCCCCUCUGUUCACUUCAGGGUUGUGUAAUGAUGUUGUAUCCUCACAUUUGAUUGCUGUCACUUGAAACUGUUAUUUCUCCAACAUGUCAUCUUCUCAGGAGUGAGGGCUGACUUAUUUUUAGACUGUCUGAUGUGUGCUUUUAAGAUAUUAUAGUCAUUUUAAAAAGACUUUAAUAGGCUUAGGGUUUGUAGUGUGUAUGGUUCUGUACAAUGUAUCUGUGUGUCUAUAGUACAUAUCUAUAUAUCUAUCUUUCUAUGUAUGGCUGCAGAGGGGAGCAUCAAUGACUCUUUAAGUAAAACUUUAUUUUAGUUGAUAUAAGAUAUACUGCAUGAUUAAAUUUAGAUAAUUAGCUUCUCCCUUAUGUCUUUUCCCUCCCACCUCGUUUCCUUGACACUUUUUCUCACGAUUUCAAAUUAGCGAUGGUGAAAUAUAUCCAUUGGCUCAACAGAUUAUUUGCAAAACUAACAUGUUUAAUUAAAUAUUAAAGUGAUUGAAACACCUGUGAGAUAAACACAGACUUGAAAAAAGACGGCUCAGCUGAGCCAUGAUCAAAUUAAGUUGGUGACCUGGUCCUUUACUACAAAUCACAGAAAAGCUACUGAAAAAUUAAAACGCUAAAGUUAGGUCUUUAAAUCUGUGGAGGGAUCUGACGAUGUGCAGUGACUCUACCACCUGCCUCUGACCCAGACUUCAACCUGCAACACACACACACAUACACACACACACAGGCAUUCACACACAUACCCUCCCUGUGGAGAGAGGGAAGAUUGGGAGAAAAUAGACCUCCCAGCAUGUGGUGUCUUAAGAGGGUUGAAGCCUCUCAGAAUGUACUUUCCCUCCUCCUGGUUGAAGAGACCUCCUACACUUGAGAUUUUUAUUUUUGGGGAGAAUCAAGACAUGCUGUCCAUGUCUCAUAGUUCAGACAUUAAGAGCAUUAGUUUGGUGCUGAGGAAAAACUGGACAAGCACUACUGCCGUCCUCGAUAGGGCAGUAUUACAGAUAUGUUAUGGUGCUGUUUGGAGCUUAUUUAACUCUUUUCAUCAUUAUAGUAUUCACUCUGACACUAAAUAAAUGAAAUUUUAUUUACAUAUUUGCUAAACACAAUAAAAGCUGGCUACUUGCUAAUUGAGUGUGUGUUUGAGCAACACAAAGUGAAUUUUUGAUGAACUUGAUAACAUUGAAGAGGUUUCACUUACUCAAUCCAAGGCAAGGUAAAAUCAUAAACUUAAAUAACAUUGUGUGUUUGAUAAUCCUAACCCUGGAGCACAAAUACAAAUGACUGCUUCAUUCGUCAA